CCCGGCCGCCCCCUCUCGGGCUGGACGUAGAGACUUGUCGGAGCUUCGAGCUGCAGCCCCCGGAGCAGAGUCCGAGCGCGGCCGACUCAGGUACCGGGAGACCCAGAGCCCCCUCCAUUCCUGGAUUUUCACCGCGGUGGCCUCCCUUCCCCAAGGCACCGGUCCAAGAGCCCCAGCAACCUCAGAAGUCUAGCUUAGGGUCCCAGCCUGGGCCAAUCCCCUGGCUCACCGCCCGCAGGAAGAAAUUCGAAGGGGAUCCGGGAGGAGAACCCCUUCUCCCCUCGGGUCACUAAUGGGAGAGCUCCGAGAUGCGGCACUCCUGGGGCCUCAGUUUCCCUGGUGUCUCUAGGCUCACCCCAGGGGCGAUCGGCCAGGGCCGUGGAGAGGGAGACAUCCUGGCUGUGGAGGAAAGCCUGAGUUCCCCGGGGUAUCCAGGGUCCGAGGCCCCUCAGUGACUGGGUGAAGGCGGGUCGAGCCCCUGGGCUUGGGAAAAACUUGCGUCUGCAGCUGGCACGCGGUCUUUGUGUCCAGGUCUCUCAGCAGCGAGUGGCUGUCUGCGUCUCGCCGGGGGCAGGGUGGGGUGGGGGCGGGGAGGGUGUCGUGGCGUACCCCCCCCCCACGGCACCCCUAUAACUCGCUCCCUCGGUCUCUCUCUGACUCACUCGGACUCCGGGCGGGUGCGCAACUGAGCCGGUGCCUCUCGCCGACUUUGCCAGGCGGGAACCUCCUGCCCCGGGCGGUGCGGACCCUGCGCCGGACGUAGCCCCGGCGGCCGCCCGAGCCAAGUCGAGCUUCCCGGAGCCGCUGUGCUGGAUGCCCAGGAGGAACAAGGAGACCUCCAGCCUCUCUUCUGCUAACCCUGCUUCCGAGACCCUCCCAAGUCCCAGCUCCAGACGCAACAUGGCGGAUAAGCUGAAGGACCCCAGUGCUCUGGGCUUCCUGGAGGCGGCUGUGAAGAUCAGCCACACUUCCCCAGAUAUCCCAGCCGAGGUGCAGAUGUCAGUCAAAGAGCACAUCAUGCGUCACACGAGGCUGCAGCGACAGACCACAGAACCAGCAUCUUCCACCAGACACACGUCCUUCAAGCGCCACCUGCCACGGCAGAUGCACGUCUCCAGUGUAGACUACGGUAACGAGCUCCCGCCAGCGGCCGAGCAGCCCACCAGCAUUGGCCGCAUCAAGCCUGAGCUCUACAAGCAGAAGUCAGUGGAUGGGGAUGAUGCCAAGUCUGAGGCCGCCAAGAGCUGUGGGAAGAUCAACUUCAGCCUCCGCUACGACUACGAGAGCGAGACCCUGAUUGUGCGCAUCCUGAAGGCCUUCGACCUCCCCGCCAAGGACUUUUGUGGAAGCUCUGACCCUUAUGUCAAGAUCUACCUCCUGCCCGACCGCAAGUGCAAGAUGCAGACCCGGGUGCACCGCAAGACCCUGAACCCCACCUUUGAUGAGAACUUCCACUUCCCCGUGCCCUAUGAGGAGCUGGCUGACCGCAAGCUGCAUCUCAGUGUCUUUGACUUUGACCGCUUCUCCCGCCAUGACAUGAUCGGGGAGGUCAUCCUGGACAAUCUCUUUGAGGCCUCUGACCUGUCCCGGGAGACCUCCAUUUGGAAGGACAUCCAGUACGCCACUAGUGAAAGCGUGGACCUGGGAGAGAUCAUGUUCUCGCUCUGCUACCUGCCCACAGCAGGCAGGCUCACCCUCACAGUGAUCAAGUGUCGCAAUCUCAAGGCAAUGGACAUCACAGGCUACUCAGAUCCCUACGUCAAAGUGUCCCUGCUGUGCGACGGCCGGAGGCUGAAAAAGAAGAAAACAACCAUAAAAAAGAACACCCUCAACCCUGUCUACAACGAGGCCAUCAUCUUUGACAUCCCCCCAGAAAACAUGGACCAAGUGAGCCUGCUCAUCUCCGUCAUGGACUACGAUAGAGUUGGCCACAAUGAGAUCAUAGGAGUCUGUAGAGUGGGGAUCAACGCUGAAGGCCUUGGCAGGGACCACUGGAAUGAGAUGCUGGCAUACCCACGGAAGCCCAUUGCACACUGGCACUCCUUGGUGGAGGUAAAGAAAUCCUUCAAAGAGUGGCAGGGCCGAGCUGCCAGCUUCGACAGUGAGAGCUCAUGCCCAUCUCCGAAACCACCUCCGACACCAUGAGCCGCACAGCCGAGCCACCAACGGGACUCAGCAACGUGCUUUUCACACUUGUUCCAGUCGUCCAAACGCAGUGUUUGUGCAGUCACGGUGAUGGCCGCCGCCGCCGCCGCUGCCGCAGCAGCAGCCCAUGGUCUUCGCUGCUCCUGUGCAGGGCAAGGCCGAGACACUUGUCCUUUGUGAUCAGACCUGUCUUAGUCUUUUCUGUCUCCCAAGGUGAUGUUUUCGUGGUUUUUCCGCUUUGUUUGGGUCUGCUGUCAAGAAGGAAAGGAAAACACAAUGGUUAGCGAUAUAAAACAAAGAGCAGAGAGCCCAGAGGUUGGUUCUGGGGAAUACAAUGUAAAAUAAGCGGUCUGUUGGGGAAAGGCAGACUGAAUCUGAAAUUCCGUGCCUCCACCAAGCGCUCACCCCGGAGCCGUGGCCAUGUUUUCAGCAUCCUGCAAGAAUGGGACCUAUCAGUCUCGGAGCCUGUCUGAGGUGGAUUGUUCUUCUCGGGAGCUCUUCACUGCUGUGACACAAGCCAAGACGUGGUCCUCUUGUCCCACGUUGAAGUCAUGAGACCUCUGCCAUGUUUGUGACUCUGUGGGGAUCCCUGCUCCCCUCUUUUCCCCAGCUGGAACCAUUUUGAUUCCUUGCGGGCACUUAGCACUUUCCUUAGGAACGGUCCCGCGGAAACUAACCACGCCAUAUGUUUUCCAACACGCCACAGUUAAUGAUCGCAUUUGUUUGAAAACAUGAGCUUGGUUCUCAAAAAUAACCUCCAUUGUAAAGAAGGGAGGCGCAUAUGUUCCAGAACGAUUUCUGUGUUAUACAUAGCUUUAUAAUUCCACAAAGCACCAAGCAGCUGCUUAAAAUGCCUAAACAGAGCAAAGAAAAAUCUAGAUAACGUGUUCUUCUCUGGAUGGGGCAUUUUGAAAUCCAAACCACAUUUUGAAGUCUGCUUGUCUGUGAAGAGCCUCCUGUUAGUUGAAACCCAGUCAGCCAGAGACUAGUUCAGACUCUGGGUCACUAACUUACCUUAAACUUUAGUUCUAUUAACUAAUAGGUAUUCUGUGUUUGUUUCUGUCUCAGUGAGAGGAUCUUUGCUUGUUUGUUUUUCUAUUAGAUCUCUACCUUAGGCCAAAUUCAGUUUAGAAAACAAAAAACGAGUGACUGUAUUUAUAAUAGCACAUUCCUACUGAGUGACUAGUGGCCUUCCCACCACGCCCUGGACGCAGGGUGAUCUGCUCAGUCUAAAGCAAACACAUGAAGGUGAGUUACCACUCCCGCUUGGGGCUACACGGUACCGGUUUUCAGCGCAGUAAGACUUGCAGGAAGCCAGUCAGCUGGGGAAAAACCCUCCUUUCAACAACAGAAGGUCAAGAACACAAAAGCCACCCUCAUACCUGUGUCUUACUCUCUACCUAUGCCCCCAUGCUAUAGGAGUAGCGAUUUAAUAACGUAGCCCCCGUUUUAAGUCAAGCCACCAAGUUUCUCUGCUGAUCUAACUUUAUGUCGUUGCCUGCUAGCCAGAAGAGUGGUCAGAUUGGAAUGAGCCAACCGGAUAUUGUGGCAAGAGAAGCAGUCCACUUUUCUAGUGAAUGUAGAUGAGUCUAGACUCCACCGAGUAUGAGCCUUGGGCUAGGGGCUGGUGUGGAAAGAUGUUCUCCCCAAAUAUCUUGAUAUGCCUUUCUGGUCAGGCAGUCCCCUAUUUGGAAGUACUCUUGAGACGGAGAAAACCCACAAGGUCAUGACAAGAAUCCCAGCGAGCAACCAACUUCGUUGUGUUCCUUGACUCUAGAUGGACCACACUGAGACUACCAUUGCAGCCAUACAGCAGGGCAACUGGGAAGGGGACAGUUGGGUCCCUUGGGUCAUAAGGAACAUAGACGUUAGUGUGAGCACUCCAUCCUCCCAGAAGUGGGUUCCAAAUGCAUGUCCAGCUGCCACCCCUAAACCCUCAGGCAGGUGGGAUGCUCCGUUCCAAGCUUUUAGAGAGGAGGGUGUGGUCUGCAUGAAUUAUGGAAUAACACUGCCUGUCUGAGAGACCCUUCCAUGUCACAGCUACUAUGUCCCAUAAGUGGACAUCCCAACAGUUUCAGGAAACCGUGCCCUGGUCAACCUCUUCAGUUCCCUCAGCUUUGGUAUACAUUAGGCAUGGAAGGCCCACUCCAGGAAGGCUUUUAGCUCCCGGGUUCCCUCCCCCCAAGUCCCCACCAAGGGUGGCCAGAUCAGUCCUCCUCAUCCUGAAGCAUGAAUGAUAUGAACAGGCUUCUUCUUUCAUUAGCCUCGGAUUCCUCCCUCACAGAUGAGAACUCGUAGGAAGCUGAUGCAGAAUAAACUGGAAUUCAAAGUUGGCUGGCUUGUUGGCUUCCCCUAGUGCAAGGAACCCCUUGGGGAUGGUGAUGAGCUUUGCUGAAGCUGUGAUAACCCGGGCCAUUAGCACAUAGAGGUUUGCAAAAGACACCAGAUUCUCCUCUCCUUCAUUUCGCAGUGUUUCUUGGCUGAGAGAUGCUCCCCUCCCCCUUUGCACUUACCCAGGAUGUUAAUUAAUUGUAUCAUCAUUUAAAAAAAUUAUGUUGUUAAUUACUGCUUUGUGUCUUCCCACCCCUGUCACAGCCUGGAGUUUUUAUUCAAUUAAAUCUCUGUCUCUUGCCCAUUUCUCUUGUCAUUUUAUGUUGCCGGAUUCAGCAGGCGGCACACACACAGGGCACAGCAUAGCUUUUGUUUUUCUCUUCGCUUCGUGUACGUGGAUAGCCACUUGCCCAGUCAGAGACAGGCUGAAGGGCCGUUGGGUUUUCACUCUGCUCGAAGGACACCUGGGCACCACAACAGGCUGGGGCCUGCCUGCCUGCCUGCUGUCAG